GGAUAUGCACGAUAUCGCGUCCUCGUCGUAAAUUCACGUGCCCUGAAGAUUACGCGACACAGUGACACCGCGGUUUCUCCACGGUUUGAGGGGAAGAAACGUUACUUCCCGACGUACAAGAGUGGCUCUCCGUAGAUAAGGCCGUCCUCGUGAAUGCGCAAAGGUGUUCCGUACGCUCUUUCAUUCAUUCGGCUUCACAACAUGGCUCCCCCGACGUACGGCGACUUAGGAAGGAGCGCUCGUGAUGUCUUCGGACAAGGUUAUCAUUUCGGUCUGUGCAAACUGGACGUCAAGACCAAGACCAGCUCGGACGUCGAGUUCUCCUGCGGCGGUGUGUCCAACCACGAUACAGGAAAGGUAUUUGGCAGCUUAGAAACCAAAUACAAGAUCAAGGAAUACGGUCUGUCGUUCAGCGAGAAGUGGAACACCGACAACACCCUCGCAACUGACGUCUCCAUUUGUGAUAAAUUGCUCAAAGGGCUCACGCUUGGUUAUAGCUGUACCUUCUCCCCACAAACCGGCUCCAAAACUGGCAAGUUGAAGACAACUUACAAACAUGAGAACGUUUCUACGACCACUGACUUUGAUCUUAGCCUAUCCGCUGGGCCCCUAAUUCAUGCCACGGCUGUUAUGGGCUAUCAAGGAUGGCUGGCUGGCUAUCAGGGAUCCUUCGACACGCAAAGGAACAAACUCACGAAGAACAACUUUGCUCUUGGAUUCACCGCUUCCGACUUUGCUCUUCACACCGCUGUGGAGAACGGCCGUGAGUUUAACAGCUCGAUUUACCACAAAGUGAAACCAGACCUGGAAGGAGCGAUUAAUCUGGCGUGGAACUCCGGCAAUAACGUAACGCAGUUCGGUAUUGCAGCGAAGUACAACCUUGACGACAAAGCUAGUAUUAGAGCCAAGGUGAAUUCUCAUCUUCAAGUAGGCUUGGGAUAUCAACAGGAGCUACGAGACGGUGUGACCCUGACACUCUCUACGAGCAUUGACGGGAAGAACUUCAACACCGGUGGCCACAAGUACGGUAUCGCAUUAGAUCUUCAGGCUUAAACGCAUAACUUUCGUAUUUCGUGUUCUACGAAACAGAGAGAGAGAGAGAGAGAGAGAGAGAGAGAGAGAGAGAGAGAGAGCUGAAAAACUUAUCUCUUACGAAUAAAUAUCUUGUGACCCCUGUGUCAUAAAACUGGCGUGACAGUACAUGCUUCAAAUAAAGUAUUGGCUAUAAAAUGCGUAGAUAGGUUGAUCCCAGAUUAGGUGCCACGAGACAUCAUGCAUCAUUUGAAAUUAGUUACAGAGAACAUAACACACACACACAUAUAUAUAUAUAUAUAUAUAUAUAUAUAUAUAUAUAUUACCAUUGUGAAAUAGCGAUAUCUUUUUUCGUGAACGACAUAAUACCGCGCAGAUAAGGCGAGUUUUUACGUUGAGUUUGUAACUUUUUAAUCCCGCUGAAGUUUCAUGGUAUCUGACAUUCCCGACAUGGCCGUCGGUCGGUUUCCCGACCCGAAGUAAAUCUCCCCCGCGGAGAUUGAAGAUGAUAAUACAAAAAAUCUCGGAGCUGUAUAGAGACGGAGGGUAUAUGGCGAUGAUGAGCGGAAAAGAGGGAAUUUUUUAGUUGUCAUCAAUAAAGUUGAAUAAAAGGAAAGUAUUUACAGGA